CGAAACUAUAAACAAGUGACGGGUUGAGAGGUCGAAGCGAGAAACCGGUUGAAUGACAGCACGGCUGUACGUUUGGCUGUGAUUAAGUGCCUCCAAUGGCUGGCCGGCUGCUGAAAGUGUCGUCUGUUGCAACGGCAGUGGUGGCGUCGUCAGGCUUCUACCUCUACUACAACAACAAAAAACUGGACCCCAAUGACAUCAGCCUGGUCCGCUUCGGGCGGGCCGCAGCUACGACUGCCGUGAUCAGCUAUGACUACAUGACAUCUCUGAAACAUGUGGAGUAUGGAUCAGAAGAAUACUGGGCGCUCAAAUCCCAGGUGCACCGUCGGUCAGCUGAGAGACUGCGUAACCUGUGCUGCGCCAACAGAGGCACCUUCAUCAAGGUGGGUCAACACCUGGGAGCCCUUGACUACCUCCUACCUGAGGAGUACACCUCCACCCUCAAAGUCCUGCACAGCAGAGCACCACAGAGUUCUAUGGAGGAGAUUCAGCAGGUCAUCAGAGAAGAACUGGGGAAGGAGCUCUCUGAUCUGUUCAUCUCCUUCGACGUGAAACCCCAGGGCGCGGCGUCGCUGGCCCAGGUCCACAAGGCAGUGUUACAUGAUGGUAGGACGGUGGCUGUGAAGGUCCAACACCCCAAGGUCCAGACACAGAGCUCCAAGGACAUCGUGGUCAUGGAGGUCCUGCUGAACAUGGUCCACUGGCUGUUCCCAGACUUUGCCUUCAUGUGGCUGGUGGAGGAGGCUAAGAAGAACAUGCCUGUAGAGCUGGACUUUCUCAACGAGGGACGCAACGCUGAGAAGGUGGCGGUCAUGCUCGCACACUUCCCCUGGCUCAAGGUACCUAAGAUCCACUGGGACCUGUCUACCAGGCGGAUCCUGACCAUGGACUUUGCCGAGGGAGGCCAGGUCAACGACAGAGACUAUAUGAGGAGACACAGCAUCAACGUCAAUGAGAUUUCUCAGAACUUGGGGAAGAUGUACAGUGAGAUGAUAUUUGUGCAUGGCUUCGUCCACUGUGACCCCCACCCAGGCAAUGUGUUGGUGAGGAGGUGUCCCAACACCAAGAAGACUGAGAUUGUCUUACUGGACCAUGGCCUGUAUCAGAUCCUGCUGCCAGACUUCCGGCUAAGCUAUUGUCGUCUGUGGCAGUCCCUGAUUAAGGGGGACCUGAAUGGGAUCGAGAGGUACAGCCGACGCCUGGGUGCGGGGGACCUCUACCCCCUCUUCGCCUGUGUCCUCACUGCACGCUCCUGGACCUCUGUCAAUGCUGGCAUCGGCAACACCCCCGUCACACACUCUGAGGACGUGGAGAUCAGGUCGAACGCAGCUCUCUACCUCCCCCAGAUCAGUGACCUGCUGAACCGCGUGCCCCGUCAGAUGCUGCUGCUACUGAAGACCAACGAUCUUCUCAGAGGCAUUGAGACCACUCUGCAGACCAGAGCCGCCUCCUCCUCCUUCAUCAACAUGUCCCGAUGCUGCACCAGGGCUCUAGCCAGGACCUGAGCCCUAGGACCAUGCCUCAGGACAACCUGGAAUGAGGACUCCUUGCUUUCCCCAGUCCACCUGGUCGUGCUGCUGCUCCAGUUUCAACUGUUCUGCCUGCGGCUAUGGAAUCCUGACCUGUUCACCGGACGUGCUACAUGUCCCAGACAUGCUGUUUUCAACUCUCUAGAGACAGCAGGAGUGGUAGAGAUACUCUUAAUGAUCUGCUAUGAAAAGCCAACUGACAUUUACUCCUGACGUGCUGACUUGCUGCACCCUCGACAACUACUGUGAUUAUUAUUAUUUGACCAUGCUGGUGAUUUAUGAACAUUUGAACAUCUUGGCCAUGUUCUGUUAUGAUCUCCACCCGGCACAGCCAGAAGAGGACUGGCCACCCCUCAUAGCCUGGUUUCUCUCUAGGUUUCUUUCUAGGUUUUGGCCUUUCUGGGGAGUUUUUCCUAGCCACUGUGCUUCUACACCUGCAUUGAUUGCUGUUUGGGGUUCUAAGCUGGGUUUCUGUACAGCACUUUGAGAUAUCAGCUGAUGUACGAAGGGCUAUAAUAAAUACAUUUGAUUUGAUUUAGAUCAACUCUCCAGUAGGAGGUGCUUUCCAACCGAUUCGUUUUUUUCUGAGAGUGGACAUAACGUUGAAGAUCUGACGUUGUUUCAAAGGUCCAAAUUCAACAUACACCAGGUUUGUCUAUGAUGAAAAGUGGUUACCCUAAUGACAUAAUACUAUGGUUGAAAUUUCACCCUCAAAACAAGUUUACUGUCACGUUGAUGACUUUUUGCAAAUCCAAAAGAUUUUGCCACCUAGAUUUCACAUCACAAUACGUUGACAGAUUACGUUGAAACAACGUUGAUUCAACCAGUUUGUGCCCAGUGGGUAUCUUGUACCUAAUCAUGAUCUAAUUAAUAAUAUUACACUGAAUAUCAAAGCAUUAUAAAAGUGCAAUCAAGCUGAUUGGAGGCCCAAGGCCUCAAUCCCUCAUCUAAUCUCAUUCUGUGGUAUUAUAAGCAGCUUGUCAAGAAAUAUAAUUUCAAACAGAAUUGACUUAUCACAGAUUAGAGCGAGAAACACAAUCAGGAAGAGAGUGGGUUUUCCUUCCAUCCCUACCUCUCUGUGUGAGGGGGAUGGGGGGACUGCUGCCUGCCUGUCAAUGUGCCUCAGUGACUUUCCUGUCUAAGCAUGCGUGGAAGUGGAGGUUGGUUUAAGCAAUUUCACAGCUGACAGUCUGUUUUUCAUUGGGUCAGAUAGAGUGGGUGUGUAUGAGGAAGUCUGUGCGUGUGUGUGUACGUGUUUCCCAGUAGCGUCACCACAGAGGUCUGACCAAACAAUGACUCAAAUUAAUCAUUCCAUUUAUCCUGCCCAGAAAUGACUACACAAAUGUAUUAGAUAAAUACUCUGACAAACCGUACAUCGCUCUGCUGUAUACUGUAUGUACUAGGUGGCUCUGUGAUACAGUUAAGCCAUUUGACAGAGAUAUUACAAACCAAAACCACCAAACCGAAAUCAAAGCAGCUACGAGCUGGCAGAAAUGCAAUACAAAUUUGGGUGCUUUUGUACUGUGUUUCUGCAUCAGUUGGAAGCGAGUUCAUUUGAUAGCAUGAAAUGACAUUAGUAUUAACAACAUGGCUGCUUUGAGCCAGCAGCAGAACAGCAUUUACUUCCUUCAAGCACUUCUGGGGUGUCAAUAUCUGACUGUGAUAUAAAAGACUGAAGUAUGAGGCUUCAUCUCCAGGAAAAACAUUUUUAUUUUCCUAAAUCCCUAAUCCUGACCCCGACC